GCAAGCGCGACGCUCCCGAGACGACACGUCAUCACCAAGCGCCAAGCGAUGGGCAAAGUCAGCCCAACGUAUAGGAUUCUGCGAGUGAAUUGGUUCUCCGAGGCGUUCAUGCUGAACGUACAACGCGCUACAAGGCACGUCGUUGCGUCGCUGCUGAUCCUGAUAGAGGUCCUUGCCAGGCAACAACCAUUGUUUUAUUCUCUUGGGUCCUUGGGACAGACAUCGCUCCUUCGCGUCGCAAUCUUCGUACCGAUAGCGCUUUCGUCGGGACAUGUACCUGGUAGCUCGAUUAUAUUGUACUAGUAUCAGCGUCCUGCUGAGACUCUGAGUGAGAUCCGCAAGCGCUGGCGCCUGUUGGGCCAGCGCAUGAUGGAAAUCAUCCUUGCCAACAUUGCCACCGCCCGCUUCUUUGCCCCGCCCGAGUCACCAUGUUUUUCAGGCCGCACCAAGCUCACGUUGCCGAUCGUCCUGCACCGCGACCUCCAGUCGCUGACGCCGCCUCAGUCGCUCGCGUCUCUCGAUAACCUCAAGAAACUGCGUAGCUUUAAGGCAUCCUUUGCCGCCGACGGCGAAGCCCGCGAGGCCUUUACGAAGCGUGGGCCUCACCCGCGGCCAGAAGCGCCCCCGGGCGACUGCCGAAGACGAACGAGCCCCCGCAUUGCCUCCUGCGCAGCCACGGCCCGACGAGCGAAUGAAGAAAAAGGAGAUUGCUAG